UUGUAGUGGCUUAAAACAUCUUAGUUGCUUUGUUUUUAUAUUGUUAAUUAUUGUAUGCUUACAUCCAUUAUCUCCAAUAUUCUUGUAUUUCUGAUUUUAUGUAUUCUUGAUAUACGAGCAGAUCUUCUCCAGAAGUCCAUUUCACUUUUCCUGAGCAUCUUUUCGGAUUUUUCUUUUAGUGAUCAAAAUUCGCUGCUAUAUGUUACAAUGCUGUGAUAGAUGUUAUGUUUAUUUUCUUUGGAGAUACUUUUGGUCCCAUAGGAUUGUGUAUAAUAAUGUCAUAGCUUUCCCUCCUUGUGUGCACUUUUCUUGGCUAUUCUUGUCUGUUCCAUCUUGUGUAAUUUUAAGACCCAAGUAUUUAUAUUCCUGACAGUGAUUAGUAGUUAUUUCAUUUUCCAAGGAUAGAUCCUGCUGUAUACCUCCAACACACAUAUAUUCCGUUUUGUUGGUAUUCAUUUCCAAACCCCAGUGCAGGUACUCUUCUAAGAUUUAGUGUGUCAUAUAAUAUUCAAUAUAAUAAAUAUUUUUACUUUAAUCCACAGAGACAUAAGGAACUUGGAAUUACAGAGAAGUGAUAUAGACUAAUCAUCAUCAUCAGCCCCUCUCGAUCCACUGCUGGACAUAGGCCUCCCAUGUUUGUAGACAAGUAGAAGAGACAAGUAGACUAAUAGAAUAGAAUAACAGGUAUAGUGUAGGUACAUGUAAGUAGGUAGGUUAAUACCUUGGCUACCGUGUGAGAUGCCAGCAUUUGACACAAAAUAUCGACUGUAAUAUCGUGUGAGACGCUGGCUUCCAUUGUUAUUAAAUGAUUUAAAAUGCUCUAAAGCGAGAGUUUUUAGUUUCUCAUAUUGGUUUCAAAAUAAGGAUAAAAUGGUACAAAAUUACAUCUUAUUAGUUUAAGUGAUCGCUAACCAAGGUGUUAAACGUUAAUAAAGGUAUGGUAGUUAUAUUGUAUGUAGGUACAGUUGAGUCCAUGGUUCUCAUUAAUACCUGGAGAGAUAAAACACAUACUUGUCACUUAGCACCAUUGUGUUCCACGCAUGACACUAACGACAAACCAGCUACUGCCUGUUAUUAAGUAAACACACAUGUUAUUUUUAUGAACAUUUUAGACUCAGUACAUCGAAAAAAUAGAGGUACAAAAAGACGCUUGGGGACGUUUUCAGAUUUAAGUACAAUUUGCAACAUUUCUGGUUUGUUUAUUGUUUGUUUUUCACAACUAAUUUUAUUUUGGCAUUAAUUUACAUACAAAGUUCACCUCAUUCACACAGAUUGUCAUAACCACUUUCUGCCAAUGUACUCAACUGUAAAAUUAGUUUAUCAUUUUAUAGUGUAAAUACAAAUAAAAAACUAGUAUUGUAACAAAAGUCAGUGUUUUGUAAGUAGGUAGGUUAAAAAUAUCAAUAAAGGUUCUGUUUAGUUACAAUUUAUAGUGGUUAUAUUGUAUGUAGGUAAUAUUAUUUUAUCAUUUUGCAAUGUCAAAUUCUAAAUCCCAACCCGGUAAAUAUGUUCACGGAUGUUUAGCGUCCUAUUGUAAUAACAAGUAUUUUCAUCCUGUCACAGACCCAGAGUAUACAAAUAAAAAGUUUUUUAGAUUUCCAGAUAAAGAUUUAAAAAGACGUCAUGACUGGUUUGAAAUUAUUGGUAUUGAAUUUACUGAAACUAGGUGUUAUUUAUGUGAAGAUCAUUUUGAGGAAACACAAUUUACAAGCAGCUUAAAAACAAAACUUUUAAAUAAUGCAGUGCCCUCCAAAAUAAUUCACAUAUCCAAUGUUCAUGAUCAACUUUUGCCUAUACCUGCACAUUCUUCUGAUGAAAUCUCUGUUUCAAAUGUACACAUUUUUAGUAACAAAGAAAUAGUUCCUCCAAAAUUAUCCUCCAUUAAUAACCCAGUCAAUAAUAAACGGUCAAUUUCCAGUCAGCAUGAUAAUGAGUAUAGUAUUACACCUAAAUGUAAGCGAUCCCGUAUUUUGAAAGAUAUUAAUGAAACAAGAGUAAGAGAUUUGUCUCCUAAAAAGAAAAAGUUAUAUUUUUUAAAUCGUACUCAUAGAAAUUCUAUUUGUAAAUUGAAAAACUGUUUAAAAGUAACUAAACAGAAAUUAAAAUUGGCAUAUGAGUUUUCUAAAGGUGAAAGGUUUAGGGAAUUAGAAGAAAAUAUGGACCCUACAAUUGCAUCAUUUUUUAAAAGUUCUUUUUCAAAUCUUAAAGUUAAAAGGCCUACUUGGACAACACGUGAUAAGGUAUAUGCUUUGGCUUUGUACAAAAGGGGUCCUAGAUGUUACAGAUUUUUGAGACGUAGUAUACCAUUGCCAGCUAAAAGUACCCUUCAGAAACUAUUAAAAAACAUUCCUUUUGCAGCUGGAAUAGAAAUUCAAUUAUUAAAGAAACUUUGUAAAAGAGUAGAAUCCAUGGGACCAUUGGAUAGAUAUUGUUCCUUAGUUUUUGAUGAAAUAUCAUUGUCUCAGAAGUUAAGUUACGAUAAAUUUAGUGAUAAAGUCAUUGGUUAUGUAGAUCUUGGUCCAUUGGGUCGUAAAAAUGAGUAUGCUGAUCAUGCACUAGUUUUUAUGCUCAAUGGUCUGCACAAAAGUUGGAAACAACCAAUAGCUUUUUUUUUACACAACAUUCUGUAAAAUCACAUGAUUUGAAGGUUUUAAUUUCACAAGUGAUUAGUCAGGUAGAAAUAGAAACCGGUUUGAAAAUACUGUGUACUGUGUGUGACCAAGGUGCUACAAACCGUGCUGCUAUUAACUUACUUUGUAGGGAAAAUAACGAACCAGGGCCUCACUUUUUCAUCAAUAAUCAUAAGAUAUUGACAAUUUUCGACCCACCACAUUUAUUAAAGUCAACUCGUAAUGCUCUUUUAAAGUACCAUAUUCAGUUUGAUCAGACAAAAAUGGCCAAAAUUGAUCAUAUAAGACAGUGUUUUAAUAUAGACAAAAGAAAACGUUUUCAAGCAUUAAGACGGAUAAGGGAGGUUUAUUUACAUCUCAAAACUCAUAGUCGCUUAAAAAUGAAAGUGUGUGUAGCCGCACGGACCCUCAGUCAUACAGUUGCUUCCACUUUGGAAGAGAUGGUUAGUAAUCCAAAUAAUAAUAUACCCUCUCAAGCUAUCGAAACUGCUGAAUUUGUGUAUGAUGUAGAUCAGCUUUUCGAUAGCUUUAAUGGCAGAACAACAAAGCCUGAAUGUGGCAAGCCUUAUCGUAGGUGUAUGUCUAAUAGAUCUCCUCAUGCCGUGCUGUGGAAUCGCCUUCUUCCUAAAAUUAAUAGCUGGAUGUUUAUUGAUGAAAAAGUCAAAAAGAAGGUAAUGCCAUUUAAGUCAGGGUGGUUAACAACCAUUGCAGCCACAAAAGAGUUGUGGAAUAUUUGUAAAGAUUUGGGAUUUAAGUUUUUAAGAACCCGUGCUCUAAAUCAAGAUCCUUUGGAAAACUCAUUUGCCUCUAUAUGCCAUCUAGGAGCAGAAAAUGUAAAUCCAAGUUGCUACCAGUUUAUUUCAUCAUUUAAAACAUCUGUUCUUAAUAACUUAAUUACUCCUUCUUCUAAUAAAAAUUGUGAAACAGAUGAUGGCUCUAUUCUUGAUAAUUUGCAAGACUUUUUGGAAAGUUCAAUAACCAAAAAUGAUUUUAUUGAUUUAGAUGUUUUAGAUGUGAAUGAAAUAGAAAAUCUAGCUCUACCAUUACCUGAUACAGAUGUUACAGGUCAUGAAGGUAACACAUUAGCAUAUGUUGCUGGGUUUAUAAUAAAAAAUCUUAAAUCGAUUAAAGAAUGUGAGGUGUGUGCAGCUAAUAUCAUAUCUGACUGUUUGGAACCACACCAUACAUUUACAAUGUUUAAAGAAUAUAGUGAUAAUAAAUUAAGUUUAAAUUAUGUUACAAAAAAUUUUCUAGUAGAUUUAGCCAAAAUGUACUAUAUUGUAAUUGCGGUAUUAGUCAUUAAUGGACAUAUAAACCAUUUGGUCAAAAAAAUUAAAAUUCUGAUAAAAAAGUAUGUAACUCUGGAGUGGUUUACUUGUAACCAACAUUUGGAUUAUGUGUUUAAUUAUUGUCUAGAUGUGUCUGUAUCCUUAAUAAUUAAGAAAUAUUAUGAUGAUGUUUAUAGAAGUUCUCAAGAUUUGCAAAAAAAUGAUUUACGAAAAAAGAAAAUUAAUACUAAUAAGAAAAUUAAUAAUCCCUCCCUUAGACGGAAUCUGAGCUGUAGGGCUAAAUCUGAUAACAAUAAUGAUCAGUGAAAUAGUUAAUGGUAAAUUUUAUUAUAUUGUAUUCACAUUUAUAUAGUGAUGAGCAAGCUAAUCAUCGGCAAAAUAAUGCAAAAGAGGGAAAACAUAUUCAGUUUGAGAUAAAAAGAAAUGAAACUAAUGAAGGUGGGAGAUGUAGCGAUAAACACCUAUAAACUUACAUUCCAUUUAUUGUUUUCCACCUUUAGACAUAUCAGAGGAGCAUGUCAACUAAAACUGUCACUGUCAUUGUGGCAAUUGCCAAACUCGUCUGAUACAUCUAAAGGUGGGAAACAAUAAGUAGAAUGUAAAUUUAUAAGUUUUUAUUGCUAAAUCUCACACCUCCUAGUUUCAUUUCUUUUUAUCCCACAACUUGAAUGUGUUUUCCAUCUUUUGUGCACACUCCAGCACACUCAUCACUGUAUAACUAACAUAGUAUAGUAGUCCCCAGUACAAGGACCUAAAAUCUCACUGAUAUAAUAUAUCUAUAAUACAUAUAGUAUAUCUAUAAUAUAUCACUGAUAUAUUAUAUUAUAAUAUAAGUUUCAAGCUUUGUAUGCAUUCCUUGCUACAUGUACGACAAACUUUUCCUGUGUGACCAUAAUUGUAUUUAAAUAAACCAAACUUGUAUUGAGAGACAAUAACGUAAAAGUGACAUCUUUGAGAACUAAGCGUUCGAAAACAUAGCAACUCUGAAAGAUUUCACAGAGGAAAAGUUUGUCGGACAUGUCGCAAGGAAUGCAAACACAAAGUUUAAAACUUAUAUGUAUCACUGAAAUUUUAGGUCCUUGUACUGGGGACUAUAUAGUGUAAAGUUAAACAAUUUUUAAUGGCAAACAUUUUGAUUUCUCUUAUAAACAUUUAUUUAAAUUGCAGGUUUGUUCGAUUUGUUUAUCACCUAAAAGUAUUUUACUUAUUUAUUGUAAGUUGAUAUUUUAAAGGUUUGUAUUUUAGCUUUAGUAAAGUUCUCAGUGUAUUAUAUAAUAUUUUCCUUUAGAGAUUUUUAGGCUACUAAUCAAAUAUGUAUCUGCAUUUUGUAAACUAUAAGAUAAAUAAAGAAUAAAGAAGAGCGGGGACAUGCAUGCAUUUUGUGUUGAUCUGUGUUUUACAUCAUUAUUUCAAAACAAUUUUACUGCAUAGAUUUCCCUAUUUUGUUUUAUCAGCACUCCAUACAUGCAUGCGGUAAGUGGGGGGUCCCCGUGAGGAUUAAUAAAAAUAAAAUGUAUGAAGUUGUUUUGUCAGUGUUUAUAUAUUUUAUCCUAUUUUUCUAAAAAGUUCUGAGGGAACUACAACAGUUAGUUGAUAUUUUAAAGGCUUGUAUUUUAGCUUUAGUAAAGUUCUGUUUGUAUUGUAUAAUUUUUUUUCUUAAGAUUUUUUUAGGCUACUAGUCAAAUUUGUAAUAUGUAUCUGCAUUUUGUAAAAGAUAAGAUAAUUAAAGAAUAAAGAGCGGGGACAUGCAUGCAUUUUGUGUUGAUCUGUGUUUUACAUCAUUAUUUCAAAACAAUUUUACUGCAUAGAUUUUCUUAUUUUGUUUUAUCAGCACUCCAUACAUGCAUGCGGUAAGUGGGGGGUCCCCGUGAGGAUUAAUAAAAAUAAAAUAUAUGUAGUUUUUUUCCCAGUGUUUAUAUUAUUUUCUAUUUUUCUGAAAGUUCUGAAAAAAAAUAUUUUUCUUUAGAUAUUUUUAGGCUACUAAUCAAACUAGUAAUAUCUGCAUUUUGUAAAAUAUAAGAUGAAUAAAGAGGUCGCUGUGAAGAUUAAUAAAAAUAAAA